AGCGAUAUGGAAGUAGAGGGGAAGAGUCCACAAACUCCUUCCCAACUUCAAGCACCUCCUCUGGGGGGAGGAGGGGGAGUAGUGGGGGUGACAGAGGCUUCCUAAACACAAGUGGUAGCUGCUUGGACGGAGAUGCUAACUUGGGAGGCCAUCUCGAUGGAGAAAGCCGGUUGGGCAGCCAUUUUUCCGACACUUGGUAUGGCGGUAGCAAAAAAGAGGAAGUUUGGGAGGACGGGGAAAGCGUUGCAGACAAUUUUUUUAGAAGAGAUGAUUGCUACAGCAACGCAAAUGAUGUCUUUUACACCAUGAAUUGUGGAAGCGAGGAGGGAGUCAGGCGUAAAGUCAGAGUGAACUACAAUAACUAUACCCAUGUUAGCUGUGAAGCUAAAGGCGAUACAGUUUACAAUAGGGAGGCUAACGUUAGCCACCUUACUAAUCAAACUACUUCCUACCCCAGAACUGCGGCGGGAAGCUUUAGCGACAGCAGUGUUGAUUAUUCAAGAGUGAGUGAUAAUUAUUUGGGAAGAGAAGAAGAUUAUGGGUCCAGCUGUGGCUCAGGUGAGGAUCAGCUUCAACCAGCAGAGGUGGAGGGACCCUGGCUCAGUGCCUCCCCCUCGAGUCAGACCGGAGAGGGCAGGUGGAGAGGAACAGUGGACGCCCUCAGUUUUGCCCCAGGUUGCCUACCGCAGAGAUCACCUAUCGGCCUCAGUGGUGGGACCUACACUCAGAAACUGGACUCUUUCUCUGAGGCUUUCUUCUCCCAGCGAAAAAGAAGAUUCCCGAUGAUUCCAGGUGGAGAUUCUUCUGGACAGAUGCUUGAAUUAGGCGUAGUAAAAAAGGAAAACCCAUCGGUCAAGUCGAGGCACAGCUGCGCUUUUGAUCAAGACUCCUACCUGCCUCCCUCCUCCUCUUCCCCACCCACUCACCCCUCUCUUGCAUCCUUCCCGUCUCCCCCCACGUCAUCUCACAUCAUGUCUUCAGUUCUUAGUCCUCCUCCCACGCCUCUACCUCCUCCUUCCCACUCGCCCUCCAAAAUGGACUCCCCCAGUGCAUAUGGGGGCACCGGACAUUCAGUGUCCCAGGGGGCAGAAUCACAUGGUGCGCUCCAGUUUUUCGCUUCGCACCUCCAGUCAGUCCCAUCCAUCCAUUCCUCCGGGAUGAUAUGGAAGUUUCCACUGCUGUCACACAGCUUUUCACAGUCGUCAGGCGACCCCAGCAUGAUCGAGGGCAACCUGAGACCUUCUCAUGGCAGUGACUAUGGCAACAUCACAGCCUCCCACGUUCAGUCUCCAGAAGCUACAUUCCUCUCUUCCACAUCCCAUCCUUCAUCUCUCCAUCCAUCCAGAGCCCAAUGUUCCUCCAGCACUCCAUCCCAUCAUCCCUCCUUCCAUCUUCCCUCUCGUCCAUCUCAACAACAUUAUGCGCCAGCUGAAAAGAUAGUCCCUUACAUUGUUACCCAGAAUGUAAAGAAUGGACUAACCGAUCUGAACCAAUCACAGCUACAGCAACAAGCCUCUCCAAACUACACUGGAACUCCAUUUUCCAGUCGCCUUCACUCCAGCAGAGGUCAGAAGAGGGGUCGGUACACUCCUCUACCUCUCCUCAAUCCCGUUCGCAGGGGGGCGGGGCUCUACUCCUCCUUAUCAGCUCUCCAUCACAGAGAGGAGGAAAAGACAUGUGGAAAAGAGGAAGAUGAGUGUGUUGUGUUACCGUAUGUCAAUGUGGGUCAUGAGUUCCAGGCAGAGCUUCCUCCAUGCUUUGUGAAUUUGGAAGGGUCAAGGGUGUGUUCACCAGAGGAGGAAUCUCCUAGGGAACAGUUGCUCUGGAAACCGUGGGACAAGCUGCAGGAGACUACCAACUUACAAGACCAAGUGGAGCGGCUGUUGUCCAUGUGUAGUUCCAGCUGCGUACCAGGAGGGGGCAGUAACACAGAGCUGACUCUGCACUGUCUACACAUCUGUCAGGGGAACACAAUGGUCACACUGGACAUGCUGCUCUUCUCACAGCCCUCACCAGCAGGAGACUACCACUACUCUGGAAGUGAUUUUUGGACAGACAGUGAAAAGAGUCUCUUCAGUGCAGCUCUGGGAACUUAUGGAAAAGACUUUUCCCUCAUACGGAAAAUGGUGAGGACUAAGACCGUGUGCCAGUGUGUUGAAUUUUACUACCUGAGCAAAAAGCUCCAGGACAAGCAGAAGAAACAGAAGGAGGAAGAGAACAGAGAUGCAUUGAUGGAGCAGCAGAAAAAUAUGACGCCCAUCUGUCAGCCAUUGGAUAGACAGUUUGGCCUGGAGGAGGCGGUUCCUGUGCCCUCAUUGGCCAGCUUCUUCCCCUGCAAGCUGUGUGGCAAAAUGUUCUAUAAAAUCAAGUCCCGUAACGCUCACAUGAAGAUCCACCGCCAGCCUCAGGAGGAUUGGACCGACAGGCGGCUGCAGCACCAGCUCCUCACCCAGCGUCUGGCUCUGAGUCGACCCAACAACCUCAUGCCCUCCCCAGGCAGUACCCUGCUCCUGCCCCAGGCAGCCGCUAUGACCUUUCCCUCUUCUGGCCUUGCUGGAAUGACAAGCAACAACACAAAUGGAGACAAUGUCCUCAACCUUGUAACCAAUAGCAACGCCAUCACUCCCAGUAAUGCCAGUGUCCUAGAUCCCAGCGCUGUGUUAACAUAUAGCAACCUCUCUGCUUCAAACUGUCGCGUAAUCACCAAUAUCGAUGGCGGUGACUCAAACGAAAGAGAGCCCACCACUGUCUUACCUCUCCACCAGUCAUGGGGCUCAUACGGACAUGGCCCCGACCCCACUAUCUUCUACUGCAACACAGAAGUGAAAGACACCGUGGGAGCUGGGACAGUGGGGGGAAAAGAGCCAAUCAACUGGUAGUAGUGUUUAACUCUCCCAAAGGCAUUACCACCAAUGAGACUCACUAAAGAUGUGUGUGGGUUGUUUUUUUUUUUUUUACUUCAAACUGAAUAUAAACUCAAACUUUUUUUAAUA